CUCUCCUACACUUAACUACCUCUCCUUUCAUCUCUCAACCUUCAUCUCUUCGCAGAUACAUCUACAUAAUUCCCUUCAAGGUGGCUCUAAGAACGAAUUCUAUCCCCCUCUCCCGCCUCAUGUCCUCCCUUCGAGACUACGCGCUCCGUCAACGCCGGUUCGCACCCAUCAAUGGAACGACGAGUCAAUCAUCCGAAGCUCCCCAACUAAAGGGAAUUGUAUUCGACGUUGACGGCACACUAUGCCUACCUCAAAACUACAUGUUUGCGGAGAUGCGUGCGGCGUUAGGGAUCGAUAAAUCAGUCGAUAUCCUCCACCACAUCCGUGGCCUCCCCACAGCUGAGGCUCAGAUGGCAGCCAGCGACAAGAUCAAGGCAGUCGAGGGCGAAGCUAUGCGCCACCAGCAGCCGCAGCCGGGACUAGUAGAGUUGAUGGACUAUCUACAGUCGCGCGGGAUUAAGAGGGCACUAUGUACCAGGAAUUUCGAAACGCCUGUGAGACACUUGCUCGAGAACCAUCUUCCGGCACAUGUCUUUCUCCCAAUUAUCACGAGGGAAACGCCAGGUUUGCUCCCUAAACCUGAUCCAGCCGGUAUCUUGCAUAUCGCGAGUGAAUGGGGACUUGGGAAUCGGGGUGACAAUUUAAUUAUGGUUGGUGACAGCAUUGAUGAUAUGACCGCUGGCCACACUGCGGGCGCAGCUACUGUGUUGCUGCUGAAUGAGCAUAACAGCCACCUUAAGGACCAUAUGCAUACUGACAUGUCUAUUGAGAGAUUAGACGAUCUCAUCGAUAUCCUAGAAAAUGGAUUCGUGGGGCAUAAUACCCGGUCCGAAAUCCCCCCCAAUUGAUCAAUAAGUAUAGGGUUGAGAACUCAUGAAUUUUUGGGAAUGUAUGUAUAUAAGUAGCCCUGAGCAAUAGACCAAGGUCACCUGUGGUUGCAUAAUCCAAGGGCAUGGCAUGUUCAAAUAAUCUAUAGACGACUUGCGGACUCGGAUACAGCUCAAAUCAUUUCUCUCGUAGGUAAUCAAAUGGAACAUCAGAUAAACUUCAACCGCCUACCAAGAGACAUCAUAAACCAAGCGCCGACCAUCCACGGGUAUUUAAAAAUAUGGUACAUGUAGGAAGGCACACACACACACACACACACACACUACCGGCCUGCGGCUCAUUAGUAUCGUCACUCUUUUUUUUUUUUUUUUUUUUU